AGUGCUGGCGAUGACUGGCCAGUGGGUGGCGCUCAAAAGCUGCAGGCGCACGAUCUUCCCUUUUCUGCUUUCGGUGAGCGCAAAUCUGCGCACACUUGGGCGCACACCUCGAUGGCGCAGGAAAUGCUUUCGACUCAGCAGUUUAUAUGGGUCUGCAAGAAGUGCUUGCAAAGAACAUGGGGUGCCGACGUUCCUCCAGACAGCCGCCAUGGCAGAAAAUAAUUACAAUUGGUGGAAACUGACUUUUCUUCGGAAGAAAAAAUCCACCCCUAAAGUCUUGUAUGAAAGCCCCGAUAUCUAUGCUGUUGCCAGCAAUGAGAACCAGCAAGAAGUUAUGCUGGAGGACGGUGGCAGUGAUGGAACUGGGGAACAGAAAUUCAGCGCCCGGCUAGAGAAGAUUGUUGACAAAAGCACCAAAGGCAAACAUGUCAAGGUUUCCAACUCGGGACGCUUCAAGGAAAAGAAGAAAGUCAGGCCCAUGUUAUCGGAAAACCCCAAUCUCUUUGUUGACGGUCCCAAGGAUGAGAAAUGACAGGGGUAUGAAGGAGUGACAUACCCUCGUACACCCUCAAAUUUGAGGACCUUUCGCUGAUCAGAAGGCGCCUCUGACGCAUCCAUGUCAUUAAUUCUGCCAAUGCAGUUAACAAGGGGCUGUCUGCAGUCACAGAUCCAUGUCCCGAUUUUCGCUGGAAAAGAAGAGAAAUGAACUUUAUUAUUAUCUUUUAAUUUAAGGAAUAAAGCGGAUUGUAUUUUUUAAAAAAUGCAAGCUGGAUGGGUAAUUAACAGUGGGGAAUGAAAAAAUAAAACCAGUGGUCCAGCAGAAUGCAAGACCAGUCGAGAUGGCUUAAAA